AUGGGCUUGAACAGACCUAUUUCCGCACAACUAAUGAUAUACAACACCAACUCGAACUCCGACGACGAAGGGUUGGUGGGUUCCCGGAGCGAACUUGAAAACCGUGCGGCUGCAAGUUCGCAUUCCACACUGCAAUCAGAAUCGAGUUCACAUUCUGGCGCGUGUUUCUCUUGCAAGUACGGUGGGGAUCCAAGACAUAGUCAAUUACCGAGAAGGGUAGUUUCCAGUUCCGUGCCGAUCUCGAGUGCAGGCACGUCGAUGAAGUUGAACGGAUCGAGGCAACGAUCAAUAUGUGAUUUGUUUCAGUGUGAGCAUAAGUCGCAUUCGUGUCGUAGCAACAGCUCGGGGAAUAGACAUUCUGCUUCAUCAUCACACAUUGAAACAGCAGGAGCACGAGGCAGGAGGAGAAGCGAUUCUCAUUUGACGAUUAAAAAUGAUAAUAAUAGUUCAUUUUUCAAUAAUUUCUUACUUCAUGAUUUGGUGACGGAGGAUUCCGGAGCCACUGAAAGGAAUUAUUCAUGUUUCCCAUCGCCAACAACAAAUCCAGGUCCUGCUACCCUGAGUAGAAAGGAUAGUUUCGGCAAGGGUUCAUCAGAGACUGAAGACGAUGAGGAGGAGAAUGGGGAAGUCACAAUCAGUUUUUUAAACGAAUCUCCAUGCACAAGACAUCAUCACAGAAGAAAUUCAACUGCAUUAAAAUUUGAGAAACCUUAUUAUAUAUAA